UAGGGCGCUGCGCACAACAUACUUCUCAUAAACUAUUUGGUGCUGCUGUUGAGGACGGUAUUAAACUUAUUUCGUGAAAGUCAAAAUUGUGAAUAAUGGUGCUACCUUAAGUUCAGAUUGUACACUGUUCGCAAAUUAAAUUUUUUCAAAAUCGGUUAAAUGAAUCUCUACGACGAUAUAGACACCAAGCCGCGAUCCAGUCAGAUUGACGGCUGGUCUUCUGGCAUAAAAAUGUUGCAGACCCAGCUGGCCAUUAAAAAGGCCGUAAAAAAACCGCUCAUGACGCCGGUGGUGAAUCUCAGAGCCAAGCGAUCUACAGAGCUUGAAACUAUUUCCUUUGCUCAAGUCUCUGCGACAACAACUAAGCCCAUAAUAACAGGUAAGGCUCUAGAGCCCGUUUUGGAAAAUAUGAAAGACGACUGGGACUUCUUGGACGAGUACGACCCGCAGUGGCCGAAUGAAUACGAAAAACUUAAAGAGAAAGCUAAAGGGAUUGAAAAGUCUCGAGCUAGUGUUGCCGGAACUACGGGAGGAUUCAAUAGGGAAGAACGCGGCAAAGAGUGUGACAGGGAGAGGAAACGAGGGCGGACCGGUCGUCGAGAAAUCCACAAUGUUGACAUCUCACCGCCAACUAUUAAACUUAUUGGGUUCGGUCAACGACAGAACGACGAUGAAAUGGUAAGCCCGCCGCCUAUUGGGUCUGAGACAAAGCAGGGAGGAGGUGCAGCCAUCGCUCCCCCUCUCUCACUUCAGGAGAUAUCAAUUGAAAGUGCGGACGGAUCUUCCAACGUCACCAUACCGUAUUCUGCAAGCUCGGUGGCUGCCAAAAUAAUGGCUAAAUACGGCUUUAAGGAUGGUCAAGGCCUCGGAAAGUCGGAGCAAGGUAUGUCGAUAGCCUUGCAAGUGGAAAAAACAUCCAAGCGGGGCGGCCGAAUUAUUCACGAGAAAGAUGUCGUAACGCAGCAACCUACUCUUCCGCCAACUUUUAUUGGAUCUCCAACGAGUCUGACCCCUAACCACGUUAUGCCACCACCCCAGAUUCCAAGCACGCUGGUUGCCAGCGGUGAUUCUGAGCCCACCAUUACCGAAAUUAUGAAAUCGCCAAGCAAGGUGGUUCUGCUUCGAAACAUGGUAGGACCUGGUGAUGUAGAUGUAGACUUGGAGCCAGAGGUGAAGGAUGAGUGCAACACUAAGUAUGGUGAAGUCAAUAGCGUCAUUAUCCACGAAGCGUUUGGGACUGUGCCAGAAGAUGCUGUUAAAAUAUUUGUGGAAUUCAGACGAAUCGAAAGCGCCAUAAAAGCUGUGGUGGACUUGAAUGGACGCUUUUUUGGAGGUCGUCAAGUACGAGCGAUGUUUUACAACUAUGAUAAAUUCAAAAAUUUUAAUUUAAACUAGAGUUUAUAAACACGAAACAGCAUUAUACGUUUUUUGAUAUAUUAUGCUAAGAAAUAUAUGUAAUAGUGAUUUUUGAAAGAUGCAAAA